AUGUUUUCUAUCCGGGACAAACAGCAGAUGCCCAAAUCUUGGAAAGUUUUGAUCAACUUUUUAACUACACAAUCUGUUAGUUUAGCAUAUCAUUUUGGAAUCAGGCCGACUCCGUCAGCAAAUGAGCAACUUAGAGCUGAAUUCUGUUAUUUAACAAGCAUGGCAACAGAAGAUGAAAACCUGAAUGCAAGUGGACAGUUUUCCUUCCGAGGAAUUGACUAUGUCAUCUUUAUGACAGUCGACAAAGAUGGAAACAGUUUCACAAUUGAAGUUCAAGACAGUCUGACUGUUGAUCAUUGGGGUGGAACAUUUGAUGUCGAAUAUAUUGAAGGUCUUACUCACAAAACUGGCAAUUUUAAACAAUUCUCCAUUUUCGCUAAUAUGUUGAAAACUGCAAUUUUACAGAAAAGUGACAGCGUAACAUUGGAUUUGUUAACAUACUCUGACCUUGAGCUACUUCGACAACGGCGUUCAGGAACAAAUGGAAUGACACCUACAGUGAUGGCGAAACCUAUCUGUCCCUCGAACCUUAAGUCAAGACGAUAUUUGAUUCUAAUUUACACAGUUGAAUUUGAUAGAAUACAUUAUCCUCUUCCGCUGCAUUUCAAAGAAAAGUUGAAUCCAAAAUCCUUACAAGAAACAGUUGUCAAGCUCCGAAUGGAAAUCAAACAAUUAAAAGAAGAGAUGAAAAGUAAUAAACUUGCAGAUUUUGAAAAACUACAAAGACAGUUUGAUUCUCUACAAAAAGACAAAGAAAUUGGGACCCCAUCUUCAGAGCUUCAUCAGGAAAGAAGAAAUGGUGGGCACAAAAAAGAAGUAGCUUUGUUGAAAGAAGUCAUUAAGAAAUUGGAGAAUGAUUUGAUGAAAGAGAAAUCUAUACAUCAACGACAUCAGCGUAAAAAGGCUCAGGAAUUACGUGAACUGCAACUUGAGGUGAAAGAGUUACGAUCUUCAGAACGCCAGUUGAAAAUUAGAAUCAAAACAUUAACAAAUGAAUUGGCUGUGUAUAAACGACAACAAAUUCGGCCAGCUCGGACAUGUCGUCGUGAUCGUUCAUCUUCUUUGGAAAGCAUGGGUCGACACUCUUUACGAGACCGGUCUUCCUCUCGUGAGCGAUCACUUUCACGAGAACGGACAGGACUGCACAGAGAACGUUCAAACUCUCGGGAAACGAGAGGAAAAGAAAGGAUCUACUCUCGGUAUGACAAUUCCUUGAUCAGUUCCAGACAUAGCAACAAUUCUUCAGGUUCAAAAAAGAACAGUUUUGUUCGAAGCCGAACUCCAUCACCAAGCACUAAAAAUGGUCGAUUUGAUCCAACUGCUUAUAUCAGGAACAAAGAAAGAAAACAAGAAGAAAUAAGGAAUAGAAAGCAAUGGAAUCGCUGUAACAGUCUUGAACGGAAAACCAAAUCAUCUCCCAAAAUGCGACAGUUACAGAGAUCAAUUGAAAGUUAUGCAGAUUCCAGUGAUGGAAACCUAUCAGAGGGUUCUGUUUCCUCUUUUUACAAAGUAAGGCAUCCACCAAAUCAGAAAUUAAGAACAGAAUCCAAAUAUACUUACACAUGCAGUCCAGAUGUUGAUAAAAACCAUUCUUCCACAGAUAACAAGCAAACUCACCAAUACAAAGGGGAAAACAAUGGGAUGCACAUGCUGGAGCAGUCACUGGAAAUUGCAGAAAUCGAUGCCAAACUGGAACGCCUACAAAAACAGUUAUUGAAAAGCAGUUUAUCUUGA